ACCAUCGAUAUCAUCCCCCUUCCUUUCCUUGCCCUGGCUGCCCGUCCACAUUGAACUUCAACCCUCAAGCUUUUCAAGCUGUUGCUCACUCGCACUCUUCGUUUCUACACAUCCAAAUUUUUCUUCUCAAUGGCACCUGGUCUUGGUUUUUUCAAGAGCUCCGGUUCUAGCGAAGCACCAGUCGUCCAAGUCAGUCCUGAUGCAGAGUCAGAAGAUAAGGGCAGCUCCCAGUCUACGACCUCCCAGACGACGCGUAAAGCUGAUGUUUACUACAACCCCCGUCUCGACCCGGAGAACUUCCUGGAAGGAGAACUCUCUCCUGACGCUGCUACUCGUCUUCGUCAAUUGCUUGCUAGGCCAGGUAUUGUUAUUGCCCCUGGUAUUUGUGAUGGCAUUAGUGCCCGUUGCGCACUCGAAGCUGGUUUCGACUGUUUAUACCAAAGUGGUGCAGCAACCACCGCUUCGCGUCUUGGCAUGCCCGACCUUGCCAUUGCUACAUUGAACGACUUCGUUCAAAGCGCACAGAUGGUUUGCAGCUUAAGUCCAACCACUCCUGUUAUUGCUGAUGCUGAUACUGGCUUCGGUGGUACUGCUAUGGUUGCUCGUACAGUCUAUCAAUACAUCCGUGCCGGUGUUGCUGGCAUGCACAUCGAGGACCAAGUGCAAACUAAGCGUUGCGGUCACUUGAUUGGCAAGCAAGUUGUUUCCCGAGAGGAAUUCGUCACCCGUAUUCGUGCAGCCGUCAUUGCUCGCGACUCUUUCCCUGGUAAUUCGAACUUCGUCAUUAUUGGACGUACCGACUCCGCUCAAGUGCUUGGCAUGGAAGAAGCCGUAUAUCGAUUGCAGUUGGCGGCUGAUGCCGGUGCCGAUGUCUGCUUCAUCGAAGGCGUCAAGACUGCUGAUCUUCUAGCCUCCACGGUCGAAGCCUUGAAGCCUAAACCCGUUCUUGUUAAUGUUAUUUCCGGCGGCCUAACGCCUUCCUUCACUACUAAAGAGGCUGAGGCUCUCGGUGCCAAGGUCAUCAUUUUCUCACUCGUAUCUUGCGUCGCUGCCGUACAUGGCAUUCGUGCUGCCAUGAAAUCCCUGAAGAAGACUGGCACUGACCAUUCGUCGGCCAAGGGCAUGGAUCCCAAGGCCUUCUUUGAGGUCAUGGGUCUCCAAGACGUUGUCGACCUAGAUGCGAAGGCGGGAGGUAGUUCUUUCAACGUCAUAUAGUGCCAAAUUGGCUUUGAGUCUUGACAUCUUUCUCGUUACUGUUCCAUUCUAAUUCAUCUUCCGAAUGUUUCAAUUGUAUACGGGACGGGCAUCGGCAUUACUAUCAUUACGCUGUCAUCAUUAGAUUUUUCUUUACCUCUCUACAAGCUAGCACACAUGCAUGCAAUACACUUGGU